GCGGCGUCAACUCAAAAAAUUCGUUUGCCCACUUUUUGCGGAUAAGUUUGGCAAUUAGCUGACUGAGAUUGUGUGCAUCUCUGUGUCCGUGUGUGCAGCAAUUGCAGCAACAAUUGCAGUUAACCGAGAAAACCGAAAAGCUAACAAAAAAGCAACUGUAAAAAGCACUCGUGAAGAAAUAAAAGUGAAGCCGGUUUGCAAAAAAUUACGCAAAUAAAAAAGGAAAAUCGGAGACAACCAAAUUACCGUCUGGACUGUAUUCGUGUGUUAAAUCAAGUCACACGAAAAUAGUCGAAAAUAGAGUCCAGUCCAAUUACAUUAAAACGAGUUUGCAUCUGCAUCGGCCCAUUGUGCACAGGAAAUCCAAAAAGCCAGCCCGAAAAUGCAAUCGCUUUGCAUCUCGCUCACUAUUUUGGCCGCCUUGGCACUCGGAAGUGGCUAUGCGGCCACGCUGCCCACCUCCGCACCCAGUGUCUUCAGCAGCGAUCCCAAUCCGAAUUCCAAUCCGGGCGAGGAGUACGUCGUGGCGGAGCCUGCCAGCUUUUCCGCCAGCGAGCUGGCUUUGCCCGCAGGGUCAAUCGAUUUCGGCGAUGCAGUUGCACCACCGCCAGCCGUUUUGUCCGGUGGCUCGAAUGAGGUGACACCCUGUAGUCUCAGCUCACCGGAGCUCAACGAAUGCAUACGCGGCUUGAUUCAGACAUUUGCCCCCAAGUUGAGGUACCAGGGAGUGCCGGAGUUCAAUAUGGACUCGAUCGAUCCGUACUUCUACAAGAGGGGCAUCUUCCGGUACACCAACGAUGGCAUCCAAGGAGGACUCCUGAUCAAGAACAUGGAGAUCUACGGGAUCAGCCAGCUGCAGGUUAACAGUGUGGCUGCCAAUUUCACGGAUAGCGACUUCAUCAUUAAGUUGGGCGUUGAGUUGCCGCAAUUAAAGGCAGGCGGACACUUUAAGGCAGACGUAAAGUUCGGGGGACUGCGUCUGGUGCCCAAGGGACCCUUCAACAUCACCAUUGACAACAUCAAGGCCACCAUUCUGACCGAUGGCCACAUCGAACAGCUGCCCAGCGGUCAGAGGCGUCUCAGUUUACAUCGCCUGAAUGCCAAUGUCAAUAUCGGUGAUGCCAAGGUGGUGGCCAAUGGGAUCUUCUCCGAUCGCAACCUGAAUGCCAUGAUUCUCAAUCUGGUAAAUGAGAAUCUGCCGGAGAUUACUCGCGUUGGAAUUCCCGCCACCCGCGAACAAUGGGCUCCCAUUUUAAUUGCGCAUAUCAACGAGUUCUUCGCCAAGGUUCCCAUCGAGAAAUUCCUGGUUCAAUGAUGCACUAAACCUAUUCUCAAGGAACACUUAGCUCCUAGUUAGUUUUAGCCUAAUGUGUACAAUUACAAUUAUACCUUAAGCGCUGUUUCCAAAUAAUUUUCUAUGCACAAACGAUUUGGCAAUCAUUCGGAAUGAUUUUCAACAUAACCAAUUUGUAUUUAUUUAUGUCAUCCAAUCUGAACAAUAAGAGAAACUAUGUGAAAAUUUUAAAAUAAACGCUAUUUUCAAAAAGUUUA